AUGGCUGAGCUCGCGUCAGGCGCCGUGAGCUCGCUGCUGGGCCUCCUCCGGAAUGAGGCACUGCUACUGAGCAAAGUCGGGAGCGACAUGGAGUUCAUCAAGGAAGAGAUGGAGAGCAUGCAGAGCUUCCUGGAGCACCUGGCCAGGACGGCUCGUCACACCAGCGGGCACGACGAGCAGGUGCGCACGUGGAUGAAGCAGGUCCGUGACCUCGCCCGCGACUGCAGCAACUUCAUCGAGCUCCACCACCGGUGCGGUGACCCCGCAGUAUACCGUGCCAGGGGACAGCGCUGGCGCUGCCUCUGGUGGGCUGACUGGCUGGUGCACAAGAUGGUCGCCCAGCACAGCGCGGCCAACCGGCUGCGCGAGCUCAAGGAGCGGGCGCGCGACGUCGGCAAGAGGCGGUUGCGGUACGGUGUGGAGAUCCCACGGAAUGACGAGGCGGGAGCAGGAGGGACUGCUGAUGCUGCGUCAUCAUCUAUGCUGCCGUUGUCAUCGCUGUGGCCGUCUCGUGCUACUGUGCCGCUUGCGGCAGCAGAAGAGGAGGAGGAUGACUACGAGGAAGAGGAUAAAGCGGCGGAAGUAGCAGCGACCGACGGUUCCGAUCCCCGUGGAAGAGCCCUAGAAGAACCUCGUGAUCAGCUGGAGGACUACUGCGCCGAGAAGCUAGCAAGCUGGCUAGUAGAGUUGCAAUCCAAGACCAAUGAGGUGGCAAUAGCAUCCACUGCCAUUGUUGCACCACAUGAUGCCGAGGACGCCGGGACCAUCGCACGUGAGUCUUUAAAUUUGGCCACCAGCCAUUUCACGCGCAAGGUCUGGAUCAAUCUUCCGGAUUUGCACCACCCAUGGGAUCUUCCGCUUCUGCCAUCAGAGGUUCUCGCUUACAUCCUGCGUGAAUGCGAGAACCAGGAGCGGCAGAAGCAGAAGCAGGAUGGAUGCAAGCAGCAGCAGAAAGGCAAAGAAGUCGUACAGGACGACGAUAAGGUCAAUGAGAAGGAUACUCGAUGGGAAGCUUUCCACUACAAAGGAGAUCUUGGUGAGAAAAUCUGGAAUAUGAUUAGUUAUAAAGAUAUCGUCGCCAAGAUUGAAAAUAUCAGGAAGAAGAUUGGAGGAGUCGACAGCAGCAUAUUUGAAGGAUCAUCCAAGAACUUGAUGACGAGCAUGACAGAUAAACGUUUAGGUGUACUGCUCCAUGUACUGCGGCUCUUGCAGGAAGGGCCUGACAAGGGUUUGCGUCUAUCCUGGGAUGAGGCCAUGAAGGAAACUGCCUCCAAGCUGAAAACUCACAUGGAACAAGAAGUCGAGGCUAAGCCAACUAGUAAUACGGAACAAGAAGUCAAGGACAAGCCAACUAGCAAUACGGAACAAGAAGUCGAGGCUAAGCCAACUAGCAAUACGGAACAAGAAGUCGAGGACAAGCCAACUAGCAAUAUGGAACAAGAAGUCGAGGCUAAGCCAACGAGUAAUACGGAACAAGAAGUCGAGGAGAAGCCAACUAGCAAUACGGAACAAGAAGUCGAGGCUAAGCCCCAGAUAUGUCUCAAUGAUACCCAAUAUAAUGAUAUUCUGAAGAAGGUGUUCUCGGAGAGCAACACCAACACCAGCUCGACUGCGACUGCAACUACACUGGGCGAGGAUCACAUCAAAGAAAUAAUCCACAACCACAGGAUGACACUGGACAUCAUAUGGGAACUUCUUCCCAAGCAGCAGCAGCAACUAGAAGGCAAUACUACUGCUACUGCUGCUGAAGCUGUUAUCAAACAAACUAGGGAAAAAAUGAAGGAUAUCUCUGGGGAGGCUGCUAAGGCUAGUGGUGCUGUCGCUACUGCUAUCAAUGAAACCAAAAGAAUGCUAUCUGAUAUCAUUGACGAGAUUAUAGGUCAGAUGCUUAAUAAAGGGGUAGUGGACAUGAUUAACAAGCACCUGAAGGAUGAGAAGACUCUGAUCAUCCUCCAAGAUAAUGAUAACGACUUUGUAUCCAGCCGGUGGGAGGACACCAGAUAUGCUUUGAAUCUAUUAGGCUGCGCUGCCGGGAGCGCAGUGAUUGUGUCCACAGAGAAUAGCAAGAAGGCCAAAGAAUUUUGCAGUCCACCUGGGGAGCCAGUAACCUGUUCUCUCGUUGGCCUCUACCAUGAUAUUGUGCUCCAGCUUACAGAGCAACGGGUGAACAAUGGAAAUGAUGGCUACAACCCUCAGGUCCUCCGUGACAUCUUGGAGAGUUGUCAUCCACAUGAAUUCUGCAUGAAGAUCUUCGCGCACGCUCUUUAUGCUAAUCCCAACAGGAGCUAUGAGGAACUGCGCAAGUUGCAUCAAGACCUGGUUCCCCAAAAGACAUUGGGCAGUAAAGCUAAGAAGAUGAUCAAGUUCUCCUACAAAGAACUGCCCAGAGAAUACAAGACUUGCUUGCAGUACCUUGCUAUCUUCCCUCAAGGCCACAACAUCAGGCGGUCAACCUUAAUAGGACGGUGGGUCACCGAAGGGCUGAUAACUAAGCAAGACUGGCGCACUACUGUGCGUCAUGCCGAGCGAUGUUUUGACGCCCUCGUCAAACGGGGGCUUGUUUUGCCUCAUGAUAUUGGUGCCACAGGAAAGGUCAAGAGCUGCAUUGUAGGUGAUCAAGUCCAUGGGUUUAUCACCAAGAUGGCAAGUAAAGAGCACAUUUUGGAUGCACGCCUGUCAGAUCAAUGGGCUCGCCACUUCUCCAUCUUUAGUGGCCUCCGACUCCGUGCCUCUGAUAGGAUUGAGAAGUUUGUGCAAAGCCUCCCCAAGUAUUCACCACAAUUGCCAUUGCUCAAGGUGCUAGAUCUGGAAGGCGUUAACUGCUUUGACAAGACUCAGUACCUCAAGGACAUAUGCAACAAGAUAUUACUUCUCAAGUAUUUGAGCCUUAGAAGAACAAAUGUUACCAAACUGCCCAUUGAAAUCAACAACCUCCAUGAGCUUGAGGUCUUGGAUAUCCGGCAGACAAGGGUGCCUGAGAAUGCCACAAGAAAUGUCCUGCUCCCGAAGCUGAGGCGCUUGCUGGCGGAUCGUGUUGAUUCAAGUUCAGGAACGUGUGCCAAGUCAUGCUCCGCUGUCCAAAUUCCCUACCAAAUCGAAAGGAUGGAAAAUUUGGAGGUACUGUCAAAUGUCAAGGCUUCAGGGGAUGGCAGUGACUUGAACGAAAUAAGAAACCUAUGGCAACUGAGGAAGCUCGGUGUGGUUAUCCAAGACAACUACAAUCACCUCAGGAGGUUGUUUGGAGCUAUUAGUGACCUUCAUGAGUGCCUUUUGUCUCUUUCAGUCACUAUAUCACCCAUCACCAAAACUAAGAAAGUACCCUCUAGCGUCAGUGAAGAGAGACUACUACAAGACAAUAUGGAUACUUGGCGAAAGAAAACUUGCAAGCUUGAGAGCCUAACCAUCAACGGAGUCACACACACAGAAAAGGUGCAGCUUCUCGAAUCAUUGGCCAAAGGUUGCGAGGAUCUUGCCAAGUUUACUCUAAGCGGCAGCUUGUUGGAAGAGGAAAGCCUAAUGGUUCUUGCUAUGCUUCCCAAAUUACGCUCUGUCAGGCUCCGGUCCACAGCAUAUAGUAAGACAAAACUCACCUUCAGCAUGGAAGAAUUCACACAACUCAAGUACUUUCUUGUUGAGGGUCCUGACAUGACAGAUAAAAAAACAAGCAUGACUGAGACCGACAUCAAGUUUGAAGAUGGAGCGACUACUGAGCUCGAGAAGAUCGUCUUGUGCUUCACCAACAUAAGGUCCCUUUGUGGGAUUGACAAGCUUCCAAAACUGAAGGAGCUCGAGUUAGAAGCCAACCAAUUUCUUCUUUCAUUUUCUCACGAAGAAGCAGCUCCUGAGCAACACACUGAGAACAGAGAUGACAAGCCAAAUACCCAAAAUGGAGACCCCAAGAAAAAUAUAGAGAGCAGAGCUCCCGGGCAUAACACCGAAGACCAGCAAAGCACCGAGAGCAGAGCAGCUGCCGAGCAAGACACUCAGAGUAGAGCCCCUGAGCAAAGCACCGAGAGUGGAGCAGCUGCCGAGCAAGACACCCAGAGCAGAGCCCCUGAGGAAAGCACCGAGAGCAGAGCAGCUGCCGAGAAAGACACUCAGGGCACAGACCUUGAUGAGCAAAACACCAAUACAAGAGAUACUGAGCUAGGCACUCAGAGUAGAGUCCCUGAGCAAAAUCCUGCGAGGAAUACAGUUCCUGAGCAAUGCACGGAGAGCAGGUUCACCUUCAAGAAGGACAAAUUCCAACAUCUUGUGUGCUUUCGCUUUAAGGACUCCAAAAGGACCAACAUCAUCUUUGAAACUGGAGCAGCACCUGAGCUGAAGAAGAUCAUUCUGUCCUUGGAUGACAAAAGGUCCAAGCUUACUGGGGUCAGUGACCUUCCAAAACUGAAUGAGGUUGAAUUGAAGGGUGACAAGUUCCUUCUCGAAUUAUUUUGCAACGCCAACCAUAUUUCCAAGAUGACCCUUCGAGAUACUCAAUUGAAGCAAGAAGAUAUACAUAAACUUGGCAAGAAACAAAGCCUACGUUGCCUAGUGCUAUCAGACAAUUCUUAUGAUGAAAGCCAGCUUACCUUCAACAAAGAUGAGUUCCCAAAACUUGACCUUCUUAUUGUCAAGUGUCGUAACAUCGACAGCAUCAGCUUCACUGAUGAAUCAGCUGCUCCUAGGCUAGAGAGGAUCAUUUGGUCCUUUAGCAAGAUGAAGUCUCUCUCUGGCAUCAGCAAUCUUCCGAAGUUGAAGGAGAUCGAGUGCAGUGGUGACCAUGUGCCUUAUCAGGUGAGGAAAGAAAUUACAGCACAUGAAGGGAAACCUGUUCUUACACACAAGAGGACACUGCAACAAGGCCAAGCAACAGGAGAAGAGGGCAAUGAUACAGGAUCUCCACUGAUCUCCUGCUUCUUGAAGAUCAAGAGUCGAGGCUAA